CUUUCAAACAGGCACAACCAGAUUCCCCAAGCAGUAAGUAAUCAAUUUGCUUGUCUCCUGCAGUUGCAGAAGGCAGUUUCUCUCUCACUCUGCCACUCCUGAGGAUGAUCACACUUGGACAACUACAUAAGAAUUAGAAGCAGGAGGAAUGAAGGAAAUACUUCAUGGAACGUCACUCAAGACACGUUACUUAGGGAAAUAUUCUGGAAAAAUGUUUUUGGGAUUAUACUGAAGCUUAACCUCAGGAGUUCCUCUGUAAAAGGUAAAACAAAGGCCACCAGCACAGGAUUCAGAGUGCAACAAAACAAACCAAACAAAAAAGAUAUUGGAAUUAACUUCUGGUGUUGCAAGAGGGGAAAAAAAAAAUAAAACCAGGAAAGAAUCCUGACCACAAAAACCAUGAGAGACCGUCUGCAAGAGCUUAAACUGAGGGCUAAGGAACUACAGAUAGCUGGGGAAAACAAUGGUGCAACUGUACAAGAAGAGGAGCAGGAGGAGUUUGAACAGCAGGCCAUUAUUUAUGAAAAAGAGCCCAUAACUGAAAGGCACUUGCACGAAAUCCAGAAGCUGCAGAACGAAAUUAAUAAUCUGGUGGAAGAAGUCAAUAAAUUCAGUCAACAACAAAAAAGCCUCGUCUCCUCAAUGAGAAGAUUCAGUGUUCUUAAAAAGGAAUCUAACAUAGCAAGGGAAAUCAAAAUUCAAGCGGAACAUGUACGAAAAUGUUUGGACGAACUGGCAAAAACAGUGAGGAAAGCUGAAAACGAGCAUGGGCCAGCGCGAGCCACAGUGAGGAUCCUGGCUGCCCAGCACGCCUUCCUGUCCCACCGCUACCUCCAGGCCAUGCUCUCCUACAACGAGGCCAUCACUGCCAAGCAGGACAAGUGCAGGACGUUCAUCGUCCGCCAGCUCGAGGUCGCCGGUAAAGAGGUAUCUGAGGAGGAAGUCAAUGACAUGCUCCAGCAAGGAAAAUGGGAGAUUUUCAAUGAAAAUCUACUCACUGAAGUCAAGAUUACUAAAGCUCAGCUGUCAGAGAUUGAGCAGAGACACAAAGAACUGGUCAAUCUGGAGAACCAGAUCAAAGAUGUGAAAGAACUCUUCAUCCAAAUCUCAGUUCUGGUGGAGGAGCAAGGGGAGAUGAUCAACAACAUAGAAAUCUGCAUGAACAACACUCAAGAAUAUACUCAAGUAUCUAAAGAAAAGUUUGGGCUUGCAGUCAGGUAUAAAAAGAGAAACCCUUGCAAAGCAAUUUGCUGUUGGUGUUGUCCAUGCUGCAGGUAACACAAGAAAUGAACUGCUUCAAAUAUCAGAUGUUUCCUACACACCAAACUGAUCUUGGAAAACACUCCUGAGACCCCUCAACUGCUUCACUUUUCUUCCUAUUUUCCUUUCAGCAGAGUUCUCAGGAAAAACUGCAUCUGUUUUUCUACACAGAGUAAAGAAGUUUAUGGCUUUCACAGAAAGACAUGAACUACAGGAAAGGAUCAAAGGAUAAAAGUGACACUUUUUGGUUCUUCUGACUCAAACUGAAACAAUGUGGCAACGAACUUCCUGUGCAGUUGGGAAGCAUUGAAAAUACUGUUAACCUCAAAGACAGGAUUCAUAAAAAUGGUUUAUUUACUUUUCACAAAAUAAUAAUAAGUAUUUUUAAUUGCCUUGUGGUUUUUUGGCACUUAUAUUUACUUGCUCAAAUUCUAAAUAGUUUUUUUUCCCCAGGAAUCUGAGAUUCUACAAAACAAAUCUACACACAAAGCAGACACCUUUAGUAACAAUCCAGAAUGGGACGCCUAAACCAAACAAGACGUCAAAAAAGUUAUCAGGAAUAUUUCAGUACUACCUCUGUAAGAAAAGUUCAAAACUUUUCAUAAACUGACACAUAAAACUGACAUAAAAGAGGUAUUUAUAUUAUUCAGCUCCACAGGCAGAGCCGUACCAGGUAAGGAUAGGGGAGUAUGAUCCUUAAUUACACACUCAUAAGGCAUGUUCUUAAUGCUGCCUAUCCUACCUAAAUACGCAUUCACAUCUGCAGUCUCACUUUUGCUAGCACAAAAAUUGAGGAAAGAAUAGAAUAAAAUAACAGAACUCCAUUGUUAUAUCCUCUCCCCCAUAAUCUACAAUCAGGGAAUGAUUUAGGUUGGAAGGAGCCUCCUGUAGCCAGCUCCUUUUGGAUCUGAGUGAGAAACAGCUCUCCAUGCAAUUUAACAGAAAAUAGCAAUGUAACUGAGACAAAAGUGAUUCCCAAAAAGAAA